CUCGAAACAGUUUCGCAGCGGUACUCCAGCAAUAAGGAGUUUUGGUUAAUUUCUCAAUCGAAACAAUUAAAGUUUGGAAUAUGUUGCGAAUUCUUGCGAUUGCACUGGCAUUCUAUGCCACAAUACUAUGUGCGACUGCUCAGCCGAAUAAUUCAUCAAGUCUGCCGGAACGCCAGCCCUUUACUUCGGACUUUUUCUUUCGUCAACUGUUCGAUGGGGAGAGCAGCACCUACAGCUACCUGCUGGCGGAUCUGAAGACUGGCGAAGCCGUGAUCAUUGAUCCCGUGCUGGAGCAAGCCAAGCGAGAUGCCCAGCUGGUCAAGGACUUGGGCUUCAAGCUCAAAUAUGCCAUCAACACACACAUGCAUGCGGAUCACAUCACGGGCAGCGGUUGGCUCAGAGAGCUGACGGGCUGCCAGUCGAUGAUUGCCGCCGCCAGCGGAGCCAAGGCGGAUCUGUAUCUGAGGGAGGGCGACCGCAUUGAAUUUGGUAGCCAUGUCAUUGAUGUCCUAGCCACCCCGGGCCACACCAAUGGCUGCAUGAGCUAUGUGAUCAAGAAGCAGGGCUGCGUCUUCACUGGCGACACGGUUCUGAUACGCGGCUGCGGGCGCACAGACUUCCAGGAGGGCAGCUCCGAAAGUCUCUACGAAAAUGUUCACACCAAGAUCUUUACACUGCCCGAUAACUAUCGCAUCUAUCCGGCCCAUGACUACAAAGGACAGCUGGAGAGCAGCGUGUGGGAGGAGAAGCGCUAUAACCCACGAUUGGCCAAGGAUCUGGAGGAGUUUAUUCAGAUCAUGGACAAUCUUAACUUGUCAUAUCCCAAUAAGAUAGAUGUUUCUCUUCCUGCCAAUCGAGAGUGCGGAGUCUACGAUAUACCCAAGGAGUAGUCCGGGAAAAUAUAUGUAAUGUUCGUGUAAUUAAAUUGUUUAAUAGAUGCAUUGAAAAAAUA